CACAGGUGCGCAUGAACAGGGGACUGGACAAAAGGCUGACCUCAGCUGGACAGAGAGGCCACUGAAGCGAGACACUGUUCACUAUGUCCGUCAGUCUUCCGGCGUUGGUGCUUGGCAUUUUUCUAUCCAUGGCGGGCCAAAAGUGGAAUCAAGCGUCAAAAAUCGCCGUGAAUUUUGACUGCGCAGUGAUGGCGGCAUUCGUAUCCUACAAAGCUAGUUCCGGGACAUUUAACCCCACCGAGGGGCGUAUCUACGUUGACGGUUAUUACGAUGAUGUUGACUGCUUCAGAGACUUCCCACCUUGGGAUCUCAACAUUAUAUUUGGCACGUGUGGAGUUAAAGAGGAUGUCAAUUUCACGGUAAUUUUUCUCCAUGAUAAGGACUACUUUCUGGGUACCAUCGACGAAGCACAGGUUUUCAAUUGCAAAUCGCACGCAUUUCAAACGUCUCUUCGCAACGUCACGGCUUAUGUGCCCGCUGGCGAGAUAAUACCCAUCAUUGGUCAAGUAGCGACUGUCCCAGGAUACAACGUGACUGUUACCAUGGUUUUAAAGAGAACAAAUGGCGACUCAGUUAUUGGCGUUAACAGCCAGCCAGUAAAAUUGGGACAGAACGUUACCAUGGAACUGAACGUGACUAAAAACGACAGAAUCAAAAUUAAAGCUUCACACUGCUGGGCGGCGGGUAUCAUUAAGAACAAUACAUGGAAACAUCUGGAUUUGGUCACAGGGGGUUGCCCCGCAGUUCAGUUCUUCAGCGGGUUCACCCAGGACCCCGUGGACAAUCACCUGACAGCAACGUUCCCAAUGUUUCUGAUCACACCUCGCCAUGACACCAACAGGUCCACCGGGUUCUUCUGCACCGUCACGGCAUGCAGCGUGAACAACGAAGACCCAGAAUGUACUCCGUCCGCGUGUCCGGGAGACGGCCCAGGGUGGGGUAGACGAAGGAAAAGGUGGGCCAGAGAUAUAGACGAUCUUCUCGGAUCGUUCAGUCAUGUUGCUUUGGGUUAUUUCGUCGAUGUUAUAGUGGAGUCGGAUGCUGCCAAAAUGCCCUACAACUUUUCGUUUGCCAACAAAACAACGUCUUCUCCGAAAGAUAAAACGUGCUUCUCCCCCAUUGUUUUCACCGUCGUACUCAGUAUGAUGAUUCUCGUUCUUGUCGUCAUGUGUGCACUUUCCUCUGGUUUUGUUGUGUAUGUUAAACAGGACAGAAACCACCGAAGAGAAAUUCGCGCACAGCAGCGGCAGGGGCCAACGAAAACUGAACUUAGAAAUAAGCCAGAGCCCGGGUCUCCAGGCACAUUUAUCCGAUGUCGCCAGAACAGUCUCACCCAAGUCACCUACUGCACUAGUACCUUGGAGUCUCGCCCUGGGGAGGCAGAACUAUGAUGCUUGUAUACCAUUUUUGUCGGUUAUUGUUCAACAUCUAAACAUGGUCCUCAGAGGUCCCCUGUUGUAGUGGUUUAUUUAGUGGUUUAUUUAUGAAAGUAGUACAUUAAUAACAAAAAUAACUUCUAUCCGUUAUAAUGUCAAACUGAACUGUGACAGAUUAAUCUAAUAACCAAGUUUCCAUACAACCAACGGGAAUUUCAAGGGUCCUAAAAUAAAGUAAUAAUGAUCUGAGGCAGCACUAGCCGUUCCCUUUGUUAUAGAAAACAAGCACCAUGUUAUUUAAGUGGCAGAGCACUUAUUAAUAAUAUAUUGGCACA